CCAGAUAAUUAUGUUUCAAUAUAUAUAUUUAAUUAAGCAGUCUAGCCGCUAUGUAAAAUUACGCAAUUCGUCGUGCCUUUUUCCUUAAACAUAUUUAACUUUGAUCCCGGAAGUAAAUGGUAUAAACAACUAAGUAUACCUGUUUAACCCUUGGGCUACAUGUUUUGUUACAGGUUUGAUAAUUCAGCAAACUUACAAUAUUUUCAAUUUAGAUUAAAGUAUUACAGUUUAUCAUCUUUCUCCGUAACCUAUUAAACAAUGAAUUAUAUAAUAUACAAUAUUCCGAACUUUUCGAACCUGUUACAUUACAAUAUGUGUGAGUCUUUCAAGAGGAGCCGCUGGUACUUAUAGGAAGUUUAGAUAUAGGUAAGCCAAUAAAAGGUUUCUAAGCUCUAUGUAAGCUUGAGCAAACCUAACACGAAACAUAUCUAUUAAUUAAUUAUACUAAAUAGUCGAAAGCUUAUUUUAGCAUUUCAGAUACAACAAAAUACAACGCUAAAUUUAUGCUUAAAGACUUUAAUAGAAUUUUUAUUUGGAUGCUGCCUAUUUUCAAAUUAGUUGGCAACACCUUUCUGACGAUGUUUUUGUAAGUUGGUGAUUGUCGACAAAGUUACUAUUAUUGUUAAUUAUAGAACUGGAAUGAUGCACCAGCAGAGAUUUACUCUUGUAACAGUGCCAGGAGAAGUAUACACGUUUAUAUCCCCAAAUGCUGAAGAUAUCUGUGGCCUUGUUAUGAUGUUUAUUGAUGGACUAACGAAAAGAUCCAAAUAUGCAAUUGCUCAACAGGACUACAAUGGCGACACGUUCCUGAACUUCAAGAAAGGAGACCUCAUUGUGUUGUUACAGGAGAAUGGAGAAAACUUAAAGAACUCCGAGUUGUGUUAUGGUGAAUGUGUCCGCACGACAAAGAAGGGAAAUUUUCCUAGUGAAAGUGUAUAUGUGUUGCCAACUAUCACCAAACCACCACCGGAAAUAUUGGUUAGUAGCUGUUUAACAGCUCAGUUUUUCCCCAUAACAUUAUUCUUUUUAAAGGCGAUUGCAGUGAAUUGACUUGUUACUUACAAACGCCCCAUCCCCCUUGCUGGAAUUUCAAAAACUAACAGUCUAAAGAAUGAAAUAAUUUUUCAAAUAUAUUUCUGCUCCAUUCACUGACCAUUAAUUAGGUUCGUAGAUGAAUAAUACAAGUAGGGGAGAGAACAAGUUACAUGUCUAUUAUUCAUUUAUAUCUACUUGAUAAAAAUAAUGAAAAAUUGAUGAUUUCAUAUUACCACAAAUAUGAUAAUAACGAUCAAGGUCAUAUAUUAUACAAUGAAAGUUAUCUUAACUGUCUCUA